UUAUAUUUUACCUUAUAAUAUAAUCUUAGUGUUCUAUUAAUAAAUUCCUUAUAAUAUAAUGCAAAAUCACCUUCUGCAAAUACUAGCCUUGUUUGCAAUGGAAACUCCUGUGAGCUUGGAUGCCGAGGACAUCAGAAAUGAAAAGGUGAAGGUUCUUAAAUCAAUGAGACCAAUUCAGUUAGAAGAUGUUGUUGUUGGUCAAUAUAGGGGCCGUGCUUUUCAUUGACAAUGCAAGAUGGGAUGGAGUUCCUUUUCUCAUGAAAGCUGGCAAGGCUCUCCAUACUAAACGAAAAAGAGACUACCUUGAGAUGAGGAUUCAGCGCUACCUUGGAAAAGGCAUAGCUUUUCUCCAAUACGAAGAAUUGACUAAGCUUGAAGGAGAACUUCAAAGCUCUGUUGCAAGGGUUCGAAAGCGUCAGGAAAAAGAUUCUAUGCUUUUGGUUGAGCUGAUUUUGGUUUAAUUUAUACUAAGAAUUUCGUGCUGGGAUAUCUUUGUUUUGUACUUGGAAUUUUGUAAAUCCACUACCAAGAAUUAUACUCUAUCAAUGUAUUAAUAUUUCAAUUAUUUACUUAUAUUUGUAUAGUUAUGGUUAGUUAAUAUGAUUAGUAAUGUGGCUUGCUACGAACCUCUUUUUUGGCAGUGCUCAAAAUUAGGAAUAGCAGUCUGGUAGUGGUUUGCCGUUGUUCAGUUUGUGGCCCUUUUUUUUAAUUUGAAAAUGAACUUUGUGGGGGUUUUAAACCGCCACAAAAAUGACAAAAAACUGCCAGAAGCUGUUAACGUCAAAUCUCCCACAGAACAGCAAAAAAAACCGCCACUAAAACACGUUGUGGCGGUUUUUAAAAA